AUGGCAGAAAAGCGUCCUAUUCGAGUGGUCUUGGCCAAAGUGGGGCUCGACGGGCACGACCGGGGGAUCCAAGUGGUCGCCCGAGUGUUGCGUGACGCAGGCAUGGAAGUCAUUUACACGGGCCUCUGGCAAACCAACGAGGCCGUUAUUCGGGCCGUAGAAGACGAGGACGCCGACGUGCUGGGGAUCAGCCUGCUCUCAGGAGCCCACAUGUCGCUGAUGCCUCUGCUGAUCAACGCCCUUAACGAGCACGGUCUUGGACACGUGAAAACUGUACUCGGCGGCAUCAUCCCCGAGACAGACAUUCCAGAGCUGGAAAAAAUGGGCGUGGCCAAAGUCUUCACCCCAGGCACCCCCCUGCCCGAGAUCGCCGAGUUUAUCAACGACUCUGCCCUCGAUGCAAUCGGCAUCCAUGAAUGUGUGGGGAAACACGCGAGUUUCAGGGGCGAUUCACGCCUUCGAUACUCUCGCGCAGAUGGAAUUGCGAAGGACCUGACCUUGUCGACUCAUCCGGCACCUCCGUUGCAAAUGCUCCGGCGCUGCCGUCUGUUUCAAGGCAUCGGGCCCGCCGAACUGCAGAAGAUUGCCGAGCAGGUUCAGCACCGGCACUUCGACAGCGGCGAUGUAAUCUUCCGGCGUGAAGAGCCCGGUGACAGCAUGUUCAUCGUCGCGCAAGGCCGGGUAAAGUGCGUGGUCGAGCAAGAAGACGGUGAGUUCGAACUGCUCGACUACGAAGAACAAGGCGGACACUUUGGCGACUUGUCGCUCCUGGUCGGUGGGCUUCGCACCUCGACCGCCACGGCCGUGAUGGACACAGAACUGCUAGAACUCAGCCACGACCGAUUCCAAAGCCUGAUGAUGAGCGUGCCGGGCUUCGCUGCCAACUUGAGCCGCUCGCUAGGCUUCAAGCUGCGGGGCCACACCAACAAGCGUCCCUCGCGCAGGCGCUCCGCGGUGGUCGGCAUCAUCAACUCGACACUCCGCACCCAAGCGCUCGUAAAGCCGCUGGCCGAAGCCCUGGUCCACGCGGGCGAUUCGGUCGAAGUGCUCACCGACCGCAAGCGCGCCUGGCCAACGCAAGGUGGCUACCUCGUCGAGCGCAUUCCCGAUAGCAGUGACGGCUCGUCACGGUCGAGCUUAGUACGUCAACGGUUGUCGCAAGUGGUCGAGCAUCACGACCGAGUACUGAUCGAUCUCACACAAAGCGGCGUUGAAGACUCGCUCCCCAAACUGCUCGAUCAGUGCGAAGAAAUCUGGUGGCUGGUCGAUCCGUUGUUCGUCGAGACCGCCCAUCGCAACCUCAACAGCCUGCUGCAAGUAAACCCAAAGCUAGCUUCCCGAAUUCACUUGGUGUGGAUCCUUCGCCACUCCGAGCGAUUUCCGCCCAUUACGCUUUACGACUUGGGAGUUAACCCUCUCGAUUUCAAAGUCGUGCUGGACGAAAAUCAAAGCGAACCUUCACUCGAGCAACGCAAGUCGAUCUCCCGCCUCGUGCGACACUUGCAUGGCACACGCGUUGGCCUGGCGCUGGGCGGGGGUGCCGCACGUGGCUUAGCUCAUCUGGGAGUUCUUCGCGCACUCGACCGCGCAGGCAUCUUCUUCGACCACAUUGCUGGCACAAGCGUGGGAGCACUCAUGGGAGCUUCUUACGCUGCUGGCUGGACACCCGAGAAUGCCCUCGAACACUUCGCCCAAGAGCUGACACCGCCUUGGCUCGUUCGCAAGCUGCCCACCGGUAACGGCUUCUACAUGUGGUGCAUGUACAUGCUCAAUGCCUGGGAUCGCAAGCUUCGCCCUUACCUGCACGAGUACCGCAUCGAGCAGUUCCGCAUUCCCUUCUGUUCGGUAGCCGUCGACUUAAUUUCCGGAUCGGUCGUAGUCCGUGAUCGAGGCGAUGCCGUCGAUGCAGUGCUCGAAAGCAUCAAUUUGCCGGGCAUUUCACGCCCAAUCCUCCGCGACGGCAUGGCUCUGACCGAUGGAGGGGUGCUGAACAACGUGCCCGGAGAUCUACUCGUUGAGCGGGGCAACGAGCUGGUGGUCGGGGUCGACGUCGUCACCAAGCUCUCACAGCAGUUUGCAGGCAACACGCCCUUAAUGGCCACGCACGAGAUGCGGCGAGCUGGGCCCAUCGAAACGCUACUUCGGGUGAGCGAAGUGCAGAACUACGGCAUCACCGCCAUGCGUUCCGGGGCGAUCGAUUUCAUGAUCUCGCCCGAUACUUCGAGGUUCGAAUUCACCGACUUUAGCCGCGCCUACGAACUGGCCGACUUGGGAGAGGCCGCAGCAGAGGAAGCCAUCCCUCGUCUCAGCGAGCUAAUCGCAGAGCACGAAAAGGGGCGCUAA